CCCUUUUCUCUUGGUCUUCUUCAGCUUCUCAAUAACUUGAUUAUUUUUUGAGAAUCCGAACUAUUUUUUUUAUUUCUUUCAUUCUAGUCCCUGAAAAGAAAAAAAAAAUGGAGCCUCUCUGCCCAAACUUUGAUCUCCUAAAAUCCUCAAGACUCACUUCCAUUCCACUCUUUUCACAUCGAUUUUCGUGCCUAAAUCGUGGCAUUAGCAAAAAGUCGAGUGUGUCGUGGCCCUGUGCUUCAUAUAAUCAUAACAGUAAUUAUCACCAAGCGGUUAAAAGAGAAGCUUCUAGGCAACAAUCCAGUGGACAUGAUCUGAUCAGGUCAAUAGCAAAAGGGUUUAUUGGUUUUUCUGCUGCAACCAUGGCUCUCGCCUCCAUUUGUGCUGAUUCUCCGGCUUUUGCGGAGUCCCUGACUGUCGCUUUUCCAGUUUCUCGGUCUCAAGAGGUGAAUACAGUGCAACGAACUCUUGUGGAAGCUUGGGGGUUGAUAAGAGAAACAUUUGUUGACCCAACAUUUAAUCAUCAAGACUGGGAUUUGAAGUUGCAGCAAACAAUGGUGGAAAUUUUUCCCUUGAAGUCAGCUGAUGCAGCAUAUGGUAAAAUCAGAGGAAUGCUUUCAACACUUGGGGAUCCCUUCACUCGGAUUAUCAGUCCAAAGGAGUACCAGAGUUUUAGAAUUGGAAGUGAUGGAAAUUUGCAAGGAGUUGGUCUGUUCAUAAGUGUUGAACCAAAAACUGGUCAUUUGGUUGUUUUGUCUUGUGUAGAGGGUAGCCCAGCUGCUCGUGCUGGUAUACAUGAGGGAGAUGAGUUGAUUGAGAUUAACGUUUUGCAUGCUGUUUUUGAGACUUCAGGGCAGAGACUUGAUGGUAUUGAUAGUGAAGCAGCAGCCCAGAGGCUUAGAGGCCAAGCUGGAACAUCAGUUACAGUAAAGCUCCAUGCGGGAAAUGAUUCAGGAAGUGGUUCUAGUAUCAAAGAGGUCAAACUACCACGUGAAUUAAUUAGGCUUUCACCACUAUCCAGUACUGUCAUCCCUCAUAGAACCGCAGAUGGCCGCCUAUCAAAGACUGGUUAUGUGAAGCUGUCAACAUUCUCACAGACAGCUGCUACUGAUAUGGAGAAUACAAUUCAUGAAAUGGAGAACCAGGGUGUACAGUCAUACAUAUUGGAUUUGCGGAACAACCCAGGAGGUUUAGUGAAAGCUGGACUUGAUGUUGCCCAGAUAUGGCUAGAUGGGACUGAGACUCUCGUGAACACAGUUGAUCGUGAUGGGCAUAUGUCGCCCAUCAACAUGAUCAAUGGCCAUGCUGUAACGCAUGAUCCUCUUGUUAUUCUUGUGAAUGAAGGAAGUGCAAGCGCAAGUGAGAUUUUGGCAGGUGCACUGCAUGACAAUGGUCGAGCCAUCCUUGUAGGCCACAAAACUUUUGGUAAAGGGAAAAUUCAGAGUGUCACAGAGCUACAUGACGGAUCUGCUCUUUUUGUAACUGUUGCAAAGUAUCUAUCACCUGCUCUUCAUGACAUAGAUCAGGUUGGCAUAGCGCCUGAUGUACAAUGCACAACUGACAUGCUCAAUUCACCCAAGGAAACAUUGAUGAAGGAUAAAAGCUUCGUUUCGUCUCUAGAAGCUGAUUCUUGCAUCAUGGUAGCAGAGCAUGAGUUGGACAUUCAAGAGUCCAAAGGGACAGCUUCUUGAAAUGCAUGAUUUUGAAAGGAUCAAACAUUUAGAUCCUAGAAACAAGAUGUAUUUAUCCAGAGCAAGAAUAUAAACUUUAUAUUGUAGUCAACUAUCAACUUGUACAUUUAAUUGUAACUUGUAUAUUAAUAGGAAUUAGACUAAGCAUUGCACUGCUCCUUCUAGUACCAUAUGCUUGAAAAAUAACAAAAGAUGAUUUGUAUGAAUAAUUCAUCAUUUAUUUAUAGGGAAAUACUCAAACAAGUCGAAUGCAUUUAGUCAUUAUUCAUUAUAUUUAACUCACAAGAUGUUCUU